AUGUUUACACUUUAAAUAACGGAUUGCCGAUUUAUUGAGGAUGUUGAUCAAAUACAAAAAUUUGUUGACACUAGAAAUUUAUGUUUGAAAAGAAGAAGUGAAAUUGAUACCGUUAGUACUAAUCUAAAUAUGCAAAUAAAAAAUUAUAUUGAUGGAGAAGUACUCAUCUUACUUUAAAUUAGGAUUAAUAUUUGAGAGAGGUUUAAGUCAAGGGUGAAACAUUGAAUUAAUCUGUUAUGGAAAGUCUAAAAUUGUUGGAAGUAAAAAUGUGAGUUAUGUUUAGCAAUUAAAAGUGCCCACUCAUAUAGAUUCAGAAUUGAAUUCGGCUUAGAAAGAAUUUAAAAACAUUGAAUUAAAAUUGAAAUAAUAAGAAGAAUAAAAAAAAUGGGCUGAGCAAGAGACUAUAAAAUAAAAAGCAAGAUUAAUCAAACUUAUUGAAGAAAUUUAGCUUUCAAUCCUAAGUAAUAUUAAUUUUAUCAAAAGAUAAACUUGAUGUCCCUGAACCAGAUAAUAAAACUGGCAUAAUUUUUAAUUGGGUGAUUGGUUGUUUAAUGAAGAAGAAAAAAGGACCAAUAUAGCUUGCAGAAGAACUUAAGUUAAAAGUUGAAAAAAUUCAAUUAUAACCUGAAUCUAUAAUAAAUCAACCAGCCCCUCCUUAAAGUUCAGGAAUAUUUGCUUGUGGAGGUAGAAAACCUCUUUCAAAUUCAAGGCCAAUAAAAAGAGUUGCUUUAUCAGAAGAGGAAUCAAAGAUGUAUGAAAAUUUAUUUGCAUGGAAAGCAAUUAAAUAACACAUCUUUCAUUAAGAAUUCAAAUUUUAAGAAAAAGUUCUACAAUUCUCAUAAGAAUAUGAGAAAUUAGAAUCUUUUUAAAUUAUGUUGGUAAAUGAAAUGGUCUAGGAGAAAAAGGAAAUAAUUAAAGGAAUAUAUGAUAUUGAUAUUAAGGAUUAAGCUAGAAUUAUUAUUGAGAUAAAUGAAAUAAUUCUAUUCCUAUUAAAGGAAAGUGAGAAUCAGAAGGAAUAAAAAGAAAAAGAAUAAUAAUAAGAAUAAUUAGAUUAGGGAAUUAGAUAAAAAGAGGUUGAGAUAGAAAUAAUGUAGAAAGAAAAAUCAUAUCAUGCUGCAAAAGAGAAAAGAAUAUCUAGUUUGAAAAGCACUAUGUCUUUACUUUUUGGUACAAGUUAAAAAGUUGCAGAUUUCUGUAAAGAAAAAAUGGUCUCGAAUGAUUAAAUUAUUGCUUAAAUUGAAGUAAUAAAAUCCCAAGGAUUAUCAAAAGAAUUAAAAGUAUUCUAAGAUGUUGAGGAUAUAUAUCGUAGAAAAAGAUAGUCUUAUGAAGAAUAGUUGUUGAGUUAGUAAUAGAAGGAAGAAGAAAGAAAAGCAAAAGAAGAAUCUGAAAGAAAAGCGAAGGAAGAAGAAGAUAAAAAAAAUUAAUCUCAAAGAAUAAAUCUAGACUCAAAAGAUUAAGAUAAACUCAACUAAUAAAAUGAAGAAGUAAAAUUUUCAUAUAUUAUAAGGAAAAUAAAAGUGAAAUACAUUAAAAUGAAGAUUAGGAUUUUGAUGAUGUAGACUCUGAUAAUAGUGAUCAAGAUGGAGAAAAGUAAGAUUGGAUUGUAAUUUAAAUUCCCUAAUAUUUAGGUCCUUUCUGAAGAUCCUUAAACUAAGCAUAUUUAGUAGACUUUGUUUCCUGAUAAAGUUAAAACUGCCGAAAAUAAAAAUAAUGCUAAAUAAAAAAAUUAAGGAGAGUCUUUAAAAACUUUAAUGUAGAAAAGAAAAAAGAAUUGA